CGUCCCGCCGGAGGAAGCGUGGGAGGCUGUUUCCCGCUGACACCUCCGUGCCUGGCCCCAGUGCCAUUGGCUGUCCAUGGCCCCGGGCAGCAGUUAAAUGCCAGGCAGCCGUGCCGGGACGGCAGCACGAGCACCACACGCUUCUACACCUCAGCUGCAGGAUGAAGGUUGUGCUGCUGAUGUUGCUGCUGUGGGCUGCAGCCCGCGCCCACCCUGUGCCUGGCCAUCUCUCCGUGUCCCAAGAGCCUGAGGAUGCAGCACCAGGGGAUGUGGGAAAUGCACUGGGUCCUCUCCUGGGCGAUGAAGACCAUGGACACCUCCGUACUGGCGUGGGGCCAUGGGACACCGGUGAUGCGGAUGUCGCCAUUGGGAACCAUGUGGAGCGAGACCUUGCUGAGCACAACGGGUUGCCUGCCUGGCCUGGGGAUGAGGAGGAUGACAGCGGGGAUGACACCUUUGAUGAGGAUAAGGAAGAGGGUGAAGGGCCUGCUUACGGCACUGGGGACACUGGAGGACAUGGUGACAGUAGCAGCAGCAGCAGCAGUGAGAGUGCAAUGGCCCCUCGCCGCCACAUCCGAUACCAUGGCGGCUCCAGGUGGGGAGAAGGCAGCAGCAGCAGCCAAGAGGAUGAUGCGGAGAGCAUUGGGUUGGGCAGUGAAGGCAUGCAGGGUGACGACCCCUCAGUCUUCGACAGCCUGGGUGGCAGGCAUCGCAGCCGGGGAAACUCUGGCGGCCCCUGGGAGGACAAAGACAGCCAAUCCCCAGAGAUUGAGGACACCAACUCUGUGGAAGACAGUGAGGAGAAAAGUCACUCACAGGAGAACAGCAAGGCCAGCAGGUCCAGGGAGGAUGGAGACAGUCCAUCCCAGGAGGAUGGGGACAGUCCAUCCAGGGAAGAGGAGGACAGUCCGUCCCAAGAGGAUGGGGACAGCCCGUCCCAGGAGGAUGGGGACAGCCCAUCACAGGAGGCAUCAGAUGAGGAGUCUGCAGAGGACGGUUCAGAGGAGGCGGUGAGCACACCCGAAGGACGCAGCAGCAGGGAGGAGCGGGCGUCUGCAGAGAACAAAAGUACAAUGUCUGACCUUGACACUGAGGAGGAACAGAGCAGGUCCAAAGAGGAUAGCUUGGAGACAGAGGAAGAUGUCUCCAAGCCUGACGAGGAUGCUCCAAGUGCGUCAACUGAGAGCCAGAGCUCAUCCCCAGAGGGCAGCCAGGAGGACAGUGAGGGUGAGGAGGACAAGACAGUGAGUGAAGAGAGCACAUCCACAGAGAGCACCAACAGUGCUUCCCCGGAGGAGGAGGAGGAGGAUGAUGAUGAUGAUGAUGAGCAUUCCCAGGAGGCUACCAGCCGUGGGGAUGCCAGCUCACUGCGCAGCCUGAAGAACCGCAGGCGGCGGCCGGGUGCCUACCACAGGAAGCAGGCUGCUGAGCUCGAUGAUGAUGACUGCCAGGAUGGGUACUGAUGGCACUGCUGCAUCAUUUGUUUGUGGCGGUGGAGUUGGGUCAGCCUCUGCUUCUGCAGACAGACAGAAUGAGGGCUGGCCAUGUGGGCAGUGAGUGGUGGGGCUAGCUGUGGGGAAUCCCGAGUCCUGACCUGCAGGUGGGGGCAUCCCAACCCUCUCUCCUUGCCCUUGUUGCUGGGAGCAACACACAGCAUCAGGCCGGUGCACAUCAUACCACGCUGGGGGGGGGGGGGGUGUAUGUAAUAUUUUGUAAGAAAUGUACAGAAAGCCUUCGAUUGUAACAUCUUUGUGUCCAUGGCACUUAUCUCUCCAUGCUGAAAUGUAUCCUGUGUAUGUCCUUGAUUCACAUUAAAACCAUCAG